AUGGUAGAAGACUUGCUCAAGCUUUCAUCUCCCAUCCCUAAACCUAAACCUAAACCAUGGUCCGAAACAACCUGGUUUUUUGGUCGGUGGUUUAUUGCAUCUACACUCACUGCGCACGUUAGCACAUCCAAUGAUUUACUGCCAUGUCAAAUGCUAACGUUGCCCACCCCAACCCCCACCUCCACCUCCCUUGUUAUAUAUCCUUCCUUUCUUGCACUCGUAAGACAAAUAUCGCCGUCAAAAUCUCUGCAUCGUUCGCGAAUUAACCCUCCUGCGAUCCCCAAAAUGCCUAAAUUUUCCCUUAACUUGAGUGCUAUGGCCGGCCAUCGACCUCCAAUGGCGUUAGCUGCUCAUCGAAUCCAAUCAUCGCCCAGGAAACGACGGCAGCAGAAGUAUAGGUCGAUGAAGGAUAUCAUGAAGACGGCUAAGCAUGUGGUGUUGGUGAAUGAUGAUGAUGAUGAUGAUGACUACAGCGAUGCUGUUUGUGUUAUAUGUGGCUCUGGUCACGACGAUCAUCAGAUCCUGCUGUGCGACAAAUGUGAUAAAGCUUAUCAUAUGCAUUGUUUACGACCAAUUGUUGCGCGUGUUCCAUUUGGUCAUUGGUACUGCCCUACCUGCUCCGAUCAUCCUCCAGCGCUCACAAGUUUCUCGCAGACUAAGAUAUUUGAUUUCUUUAGCAUCAAGAAAUGCAGCGGUUCAACGAUGAAAAGGAUCUCCCCGCAGGAUCCUAGGAAACGGAAGAAGCGAACUGGUCCGUCAGUGCAUCAGAAGAGGAAGCGCAGACUAUUGCCAUAUGUACCUAGCGUAGACCCUGAUUGUAGGCUACAACAAAUGCAAUCUCUAGCAUAUGCUCUAACAUCGUUAAACCUGGAGUUCAGCGAUGACCUUACUUAUCCCCCUGGCAUGGCUCCAAGAUCCGCAAACCAAGCCAUUCUUGAGCAUGGGGGAAUGCAGGUUCUGUCAAAAGAGGAUUUCGAAACCCUAGAGAAAUGCAGAGCGAUGGCAAAGAGAGGCGAGUACCCUCCUCUACUCAUAGUCUAUAAUUCCUGUCUAGGUUAUACAGUUGAAGCUGAUGACCUGAUAAAGGAUCUGACAUUAAUUGCGGAAUACGCGGGAGAAGUGGACUACAUUAGAAACAGAGAAGACGACGAUGGCGAUAGCAUGAUGUCCCUUCUUCUAGCAACCGAUCCAGACAUAAGUCUUGUAAUUUGCCCGGAUAGGCGAGCCAACAUUGCCCGCUUCGUGAGCGGAGUAAACAACCACAAGGCGGAAUCGAGGAAGAGGCAAAACGUGAAAUGUGUUAGAUACAAUGUCGGGGGAGAAUGUCGGGUCCUCUUGGUUGCUACCCGUGAUAUUCUAAAAGGUGAGAUACUAUAUUAUGACUAUAACGGGUAUGAAAACGAAUACCCGACUCAUAACUUCAUUUAA